GUUUCUUCAAGUUUGGAGCUGGAACUUGGGGAGGGAUAAAAGGGGUGUUUUCUUAGGGUUUGUUCUCUUUGCCCUUUUCCCCCCUUUAUGUAAGGAAAAUUCUAUGUAUAAAAGUUCAAUCUUUCUGUGUCUCCGUGUUAGUGAAGACAAGAGGAUUAACAAGAAGAAGAAGUGAGCACCUUUUGAAGACCUUCUGUAAUAUUGAUUGAAUCACGUUAACAAUCUUCUUCUUCUUCUUCUUUGAAAUCUUCUCAACGGCAGAGGAACCCAAUUUUUUUCUUCUCAAAGCUCCAAGUAAAACCUCGGUUUGGUGAGGAUUAAUUUCUUUUUUCCAUUGCUGGGUUUUGUUAAUCGUGUGUUGAUUGGUUCGCCUUGAGGUGGAUGGAAAUGGCGUCGAUUCAGAAACAGGAGGUCGAAGAAGAAGACGAGAGGGGAACUGCUGAUCUCAGAAUGAGCGGUGGAGGUGGUGAAGAAGCGAUAGAUGAUAAUAACCGAGAGGAAGACGUCGAUUGCGGCGGAGUUUCACCUUCUGAUCCACCAGAGGAGGUCGCAGGUGUUGGUGCAUCUUCUACGUCUCCAACGCAACAACCACCCUCGUCGGCGGCGCCGCCGACGCUAGUGUCGUUAAAAGAAGAGCCAACGGAUGGAGAGACAGAGUUGGAGGGGAGACAACACCCUCCCAUUGGCGUCGUACCGGUGGCGAUGCAGAUGCCCAUGCAGAUUAGGAGGUCAGCGACUCCAGGAAGAAGAGCAUCCACGAAAGACCGGCACACGAAGGUCGAAGGUCGAGGACGAAGGAUUCGGAUGCCGGCCACCUGUGCGGCCAGGAUCUUUCAGCUUACCCGGGAACUCGGUCAUAAAUCCGACGGUGAAACUAUCCGGUGGCUUCUAGAACACGCGGAGCCCGCCAUCAUCGCUGCUACAGGGACUGGUACUGUUCCUGCUAUAGCCAUGUCCGUCGGAGGCACACUUAAGAUCCCAACGACGUCCCCUAAUCCGGACGGCGAGACGACGAAGAAGAGAAGAAAGAGGGCUGCAACCAGUGAGUACUAUGAUGUCAACGAUGGUGUUUCCAUAUCUUCUGGUCUUGCUCCCAUUGGAGCAACAGCAGUGGCUGCAGCACCACAAGGUCUUGUUCCUAUGUGGGCAGUUAGUAGUGGAGGAAGAGUUAUCCCUUCCAACGCGGGUACGUUUUGGAUGAUACCUCCUUCUACUGCCAUUGCUGGACCUUCUAAUCAGCCUCAACUAUGGACUUUUCCUCCUGCAACACCGCUCAUUAACAUAUCUGCCAGACCCAUUUCUUCUUUCAUAUCUGCUAUGCAACCAGGGAUCAAUUUAACUUCUACAACUCCAGUGGAGGUACAAACUGCUCUCGUAUCUAAUAACACAGCAGCAGCUCCUACAGUUACGUCAACAGGAGCAAACUCUCCUCCAGUAACAUCAACCGGAGCAAAAUGGGCUAAGAGUUCCACCAUGGCUCCAAGUUCAAGUUCUACCACAACUACUCAGAUGCUUAGAGACUUCUCUUUGGAAAUCUACGAUAAACAGGAACUCCAGUUCAUGAAUCGUCCUGCAACUCAACAAACCUCUUCUUCUUCUAAGCAGUAAGAGGGGAAACAAUCAUGAAUUAGUGGAAAUUAGAGGUUCCAACCCAAAGAAAUGGUUAUUUUUUUUUAUUUUUCUCUUGUCAUCUGGGUUUUUGUUCAUUCAGAGGGUGCUUAACAUUAGAUUCCCAUAUUUUCUUUUCACAUCUCUUCUCCAAUUUUUCCUCCAGAAAACCCGAGGGAGGGAGGGAGGGAUGGGGAGUUCGGAGAGGUGGGCCCAACACGUUUUAAGAUUUACGCACGUGUGGAGAGAUGGGUCCAACAAUCUCCGGUGGUGUGGGUGAAACGAAGAGCAAGGUGAGGUGCUCCGUGGACCGUGCUGAAUGGUUCCGUUGUGGGCAACCAUCUGUCCAUCAUGUGAUGGUUUGGCGCGGGCCCCAAGGGAUUGGUGGGCCCGCAACCUUCUGCUGCUCUCGCGGUGGGGGCGCGUGGUGGUCCCCAUGCCUUUUUGGUGGUAUUUUUCUUUUGGGUGGUUCGAUCGAGAUGAUAGGAAAAGGCUAGGCUGGCCGUGCUGACACGCGUCUCUGCUUAGCUGUUUCAGUGGGGACCGUUUAAUUCUGCAAUCGACACGUGGAACUGAAGACGUGGCCGGAACGAUUAUCGGUUACUGCAAUGCGUCCUUAUAAGUGAAACCAGUGAUGUUGAUGAUGAUGGAUAGUUGCACCAGAUUCCAAAGGUCCCACCUCUUUCUCUCCAGACAAACACUUGCUAAUAUUUAUUCUCUUCCUUUCCCGCAUCGCAGGAAAUUUUUUUCCUCUUUUUUUUUGGGGGAACUUUUUACUUCUCUAACUAAAGUUUAAUUCCCAGGGAUUUAUUGUGGAUUUGGUCUGAUUAAUCUGUAAUUGUGUACCAUCAUUGAAGUAAAAUAUCAAGUUUCAGUUUCUUUCGAUUUCAA